AGGGAGUAGGCGAUUCAGCAUCUAUCUCUUCCUCCUCUGUCGCGGCCUCCCCUGCGGUGGUCGCUUAUCUCUCGGCAGCGCCAUGUUGGGGCAAAGCCUGCGCAGGUUCUCCACCUCCUUGGUUCGCAGAAGCCACUAUGAGGAGGGCCCGGGAAAGAACCUGCCCUUUUCAGUAGAAAACAAAUGGCGGUUGCUGGCAAUGAUGACUGUGUUCUUUGGAUCUGGAUUUGCUGCACCUUUCCUUAUAGUAAGACAUCAGCUGCUUAAGAAGUAAACUUCUAUAUAGAAACCAUCAGACUUGAAGUACAACAACCACCUAUAAAAGCAGUUUUGCAGAAUGGAGUAAGCAAACUAUUUACCAUAAUAUGUCUUUGUAAAUAAAAGUAUUAAAUGAA